ACUAUUUGUUUUGUGACAGCAGCAACCUUCGGCUGUGUAUAUCGUGUCAGCCCAGCGGAUUGUUUCACGAAACAGCGGUACAAUCUCAUUGGAACUAGAUUAGUUCAUGGUCUAAAGAUGUGUGCUGCGGUAUAUGUUUGGUCUACGGUAACGGGCUACGUCCUCACGUCUGCUCUAUUGAUGAAGUGUCCCACACUUCUACAUCGGAGGAAGAGGGAGACUUUCGUCAGCAGACACAUCUCGCAUCGUGGAGGGGCAGCUGAAAAUCUGGAAAACACUAUGGCAGCUUUUAAGCAUGCUGUGGAUGUAGGUACAGACAUGCUGGAGUUGGACUGUCACCUGACCAAAGAUGAAGAGGUGGUGGUGUCGCACGAUGGUAACCUGAUCAGGUCCACGGGCAUGGAAGCCUACAUCUCAGAAGUUGCGUACGCUGAUCUCCCCAGUUACCUUCGCAAACUUGAAGUCACUUUCCAGAGAGAGUGUUACUGUGAGGCAGGGGAGGACAAGUGCAUGCCUCUGCUCAGGGACGUGUUCGAGGCCUUCCCCAGCACCCCGGUCAACGUGGACAUCAAGGUCAACAACGACAUGCUCAUCAAGAAGGUCUCUGAGAUGGUCAUGCAGUACGACAGAGAGCAUCUCACCGUGUGGGGAAACUCCAGUAACAAAAUUGCCAAGAAGUGCUACAAGGAGAACCCUCGCAUCCCAGUGUUGUUCAGCCUGGCCCGUGUUCUGCAGCUGCUGGGGCUCUUCUACACCGGACUCCUGCCCUUCGUCCCCCUCAAGGAGCAGUUCCUGGAGAUCCCCAUGCCCUCAAUUAUCACAAAAAUAAAGGAUCCUAGCAAAAUAACCAGGACCCAGCGAUUCUUCACAUGGCUCGCAGAUACCCUGCUGAUGAGGAAAGCUCUGUUUGACCAUCUAACUGCCAGAGGAAUACAGGUGUACAUCUGGGUGCUGAACGACGACGAGGACUUCCAGAGGGCGUUUGAUUUGGGAGCCACGGGCGUUAUGACAGAUUUUCCCACCAAGCUUAAAGACUUCAUCGAGAGGAAUGGCAUCACUAAGCCCUAGUGACCUGCUAGCUUACCGACACUCUGCCCCCCACCCCCUCCCUCCGGCUUAGCCUACAAUCUGCCUGACCUGCCGGGACCACAGCACGUGGCCAGUGGACUGAGGCAGUUCCUGCCAGGCUGUCCGUCACAGUUACAAACAACCUGCAACGGGGGCCUCGCCACCCAUUCUCUUAAUACCCUUGCAGUGUGAUAAACCAAACAAAAAAAGAAAUAUAUAUAUUUUUGCACUGGGAAAAACAUUGAACUCAACAGUACGGGAAAAGUGGGACUGUCUCUGCCUCCUCCUCCAUGAUUGGGUGAAUGAGAUGAAUGCGUGCUUAGAAGGGGGUGAAUGGGGUGUUUACAAUGUGGGCCUUACAGAGAACACACGCACUAGCAAACACACACACACACACACACACACACACACACACACACACACACACACACACACACACACACACACACACCAUAUCUAUAUCUACAUGCUGAAAAACAGCAAUAUUUAGGUAAUUUUUUUCAUUGCAGGGUUGUUUGAAAUGGAUAUAUAAGCACAUAGGCAUUAUUCUCCUUUCUUCUGGUAUUACACUGGCAUGCUUUUGGUUGUAAAGACACUUUAGAUACUUACAGGUACUGUUAUUAUGAGGUUCACAUCCAUACAGUUGAUAUGCAAGGUACAAAACAAUAUGUGAACUUAUAUGGGACUUGUUUCAAGAAUUCUUUUGAGCUAUAUAAGCCAAGAAAAUUGAUACCAUGUUUCAUGACAAACAAUAAGAUCACUGACAAUAAUCGACAAUAAGCCACCAAUGACUCUGGAUAUUACUUGAGUUACUGUGCAAAGGCCACUGAGAUUACGACGCCCAAAAGUUGUCGUUAAUGCAUUUUCGUGGUGUGACGUGAAUAGUUUUGGCUGUGCAAUGGUGAUGUCUAAUGAAUUGAACUGAUGUGUGUGUAGUGUAUGACAUUUAGUGGUACUUCACUGAAUUUGUGACUUGUAAUAAUGGAAAUGGCAUUUUAUUGGUUAAUGUAAUGUUUUCAAGGAUUUUUCAAUUAUUGUGUGAAAUUCUGUUUUCUUUUGGAAAUUGUAUACGUGUGGACAGAAUUGAGCGUAAAUCUUUGAAUUUUGGAUUAUUUAGAAGUACAAUUUAUGUCACUGUGUAUUUGUUUAUUUUAUUUUUUAUCAAAAUCAGUUUAACCUUGUUAAAAGUUCAGAUUAAGAUUCCUUAAAUGUCAUUGUAUUGGCUAUAUGUAUGCUUUAAUUCGCAGAUCAUAAGUAUUUAAUUUCAUUACAUUAAGGAUGAAUUGAGGGAUUAUGUGUGUCAAAACGUGGUGGUGGUCAAAUUAUAUUUGUUUCCACUGUAAUUGGGAUAAUAAAAACAUUGAUUUGAGUUGUGUGAGCAUGAGCUAUAUAUUAUCAUUGCAGUAUAAUAUUCAAUUCAGUCAUAAAUUGGACAGCAGAUGGCGCUACAAACAUGUUUUGAGCGAAGAUGGGGACACUGUUUUCAUGCAGCGCCCAACAUCAGAACCGCCUUCUUUCUCUACAUGUGGGACAUUAUGUUGUUUUUUUCCCAGAUGUUUCACCAGAACUGUUUUGCUGAAUUCAAAAUGUUUGCCAACUGGAUGUAAAUUCGAGAUGAAAAUUGAAUAAUUUUUUCGCAAUUUUUUUUUAGAACUGUAAUCAAUUGAACACCU